GUAUCACAAGGAGAGAAAUGGGGGGACGUUGCCCAGGCGAUGGGGGUCUCAGAGGGGGUGGCAGUCUCCGAAUACGCGGUGAAGGUGUUGUAUAUGAGAUAUUUGUCGAAAUACGAGCAGAAUGAGUUGGUGGGAGAUGCGGAGGAUACGGAAACGGAUUUAUUGGGCUCGAGGAGCCGGGGGAAGGGGUUCUCUUCACUGGCCACUGCGGACUGCCCUGUGAGUGUGACGAAUAGACAGAAUUAUGGUGGACUUUUUUCGAGUGAGGACGGAUAG